UGCUUGCUUGUUUCCUAUGACCCCAGCUGACUUCCUGCCCCUUGGGCAGGGGGAUGGACUCGAUGAUCUUCUGAGGUCCCUUCCAGCCCUAAUGUCUGUGAAAUCUACGAAACUUAAACUCCUUUAUAAUCAGGUUUCCACCCAAACUUUACAAGGUUUUAAAAAAUAGUUUAAACAGAACUGUUCAGAAAGGUAGGGAGGCACGUGGGCUAAAAAUACUUCAGUCUCUUGGAAACCUACGUGUCAGAGUGACUUUCCAUAAGACUAGUUCCUAAGUGCCUAUAUCACUUGUGCAAAUGGGCUGGAGGCUCCUAAAUCAAUUGGAUGCUUACAUUCAGUAGGAUAGGAGCACUGGACAUUAAUAUGGGUCAAAGAGAAAAAAGUAAGCGCUGCCACCUGCUGAUGACUUAGUGGAGACAGUUAGCUGCAUCUAACAUAUGUCCCCGCAGCCCCAAGGAGCUGGGGUUGGAAUGGAGAAGGGCAGAGAGAGCAGACAGAUGCGGUUUGGCGAGGAAAGAAGAAUUACACAAAGUGCUUCUUUAUUGCAAGAGUGCUUCCCAUAAGGCCCAGAUGUUAUCCUGAACUUUUAAGAGUGAAGAAAGGAUCUGUUAACAAGAACUCCAGAGCUGUUGGAAGCACAGGGCUGAUACAAUUGCAAACCUACUAUAACUAUUCAUGUCAUUAUUAGACAAGCCGAAUGCCUCAGUGCUAAAGAGGCCAAUAAUAUUUCUCCCAUUGAACUGCAUGGGACUGCAGAGAGGAUUCAAUUUACAUAGCUGUUGGCAGGAAGGGAUUUCCAGGAGGCAAAAACACACAUAGCAGAAUUAGUUAAAGAGCUACACCCUCAGUUAUUUGCUUUCAUAACUAUCAUUCAUAAAGCUAAUCCCAUUUAUUUGUCGAAUUAUAUCUGUGAUGGCUCCACAGUUGUAAAUCACUCCCAAAGCCUCCCCUUUGAAUUACUGCCUCUCUUAUUGGAGCUGAUGACUUGCAACUUCAUCAGCCUCUUAGAACAGGAACAUGUCAUUCCCCUCUCUCCAUAGCAGUUCAGUAAUACCGGUGGUCACCCCAUCCAAACAUUUCUAGGUGCAAAUGUGUAUCUAGAAAUCUCCUUUACUUGUUGGAUUUUUCAAAGGAAAGAGAAAAGGAGUAUAAAGCCAUUCAGCUUUGUGAGUUCUGUGCCCAGGACAUUAUUUUUUUGAUCCACGUGACAUUUUUAUAGAAACUUGUGAAUUCCAAGAGCAUGUAGCUAUUUUUCAGUAUUAUUUUUGUUACCUACCAAGCAGGCUAAUUUAUAAAGCGGGUAAGUGUUCUUGUCCUAGCCCAUCUUUUGUUCUGUAGCUGGCAAGGCAAGACAGAGAGAGGCUAGAUGCCUUGUCAAAAGCCACAGAAGCUGAAUCUGUCAGAGCUGGGCUUAGGCUCAGGAUUUCAGGGUCUCAAGCUAAACCAUGCUGGCUAUGUAGACCCCACCAUGCCCUGAAUCAUAGGUUGUAUCUACAUUAAGCUGAGAUAAACUUGCUUCAUUUGUGCUUUUUGAAAUGGUUUAGAAUAAAGGUCUUGUUCCAACCUAUGCUAGUAAUUGUUGUCUUCCUUUGCCAGCUCAGAAGGAAUGCUUCAUGACAAAUGGCAAACAAUUCAGUUCCUUCAUAAAUUAUUUGGUGCCCUUGUAGAGACAUAAGCACAUGUAUGGAGGAUUGGCUGAUCCACAGAUUUCCUUCCAUGCAGGGGACACUGAUUCACUUGGAGCCAGAGACCAUAUUGUCAGGUGUUGUGAACCACUUGUGAGAGUGUUGGGAACAGCUGUUGUAUGAGGGCAAGGUAUAAGGUGCAGCUAGGCAUCCAGCCCAAUUUUCCAAAGCAUCUAGGAGUUGAAUUUGUAUUAAAACAUUCCUUUUCUGGGCUGACUGCAAAGAUUUUGGCAAUAGCUUUGCUACUAGUUUUCUGAGACCACUGCCCAUCAAGUAUUGUCUCAUUCCCAUCUUGUACAACAUCCACAGCUGCAUCUGUAGCCUUCUGUUAUCUCAUGCCUUAUACCAGGGGUGGGCAAAAUGCAGCCUGUGGGCCAGAUGUGGCCUUCCAGGCCAUUUCAUCUGGCCCGCGGGACCCCUAAGAAAUUUAGAAAAUAAAUUUUAAUCUGUCCCUGGCUACCUGUCAUGCGGCCCUCAAUGGCUUGUCAAAACUCAGUAAGCCACCCUCCGCCCAAAAUAAUUGCCCACCCCUGCCUUAUGCCAAGUUUAAUGUGCUUUGGAAAAGGGACCAUAAUUUUGUUCUGUGCAUUUAUAAAAUGGAUUUCUAGUCUAUAACUGGAGCUUGUAAGCAGUGCAGUAAUACCAAUGCUUAUUCUAAAGGAGUAAACUGUUAUUUUUCCUUGAUCUCAGCUUAGCCAUGCAAGCUAGGCAAGGGCAAGCCGUAAAGUAUUUAUAGGUUUGGAGCUUGAAAGGCUCUGUAUAGUGCUUAAUCAAGUUCAGAAUGAUAUCUUCAAGGGAAAACCUACUUAUUUUAGGGCUGUGCUGCUGUAGACUGACUCUGAAUUAAAAUUAAACCUUAUCUUGGCAAAGUGUGCCUAGAGGUGAAGUAGAUAUCUGUAACAUUCUAUUGACAGGAUCUGUUUUGGUAUGGACAUGUCUCCUGAAUGUUCAGACAGAAUUGCCUUGCCAACCCCUUCAAAACAGAGAAAUUUCAGAGAUUAUUAAUUUGAAUAGUUUCAAAAUGAAGGGUCAGACUUCUGUACAAUUCCAGUAAUGGAUGUGCCACUCACCCCAGGUGGAAAAGUCACAGUAAAUUUUAAUUGCUAUCAUUUCAGCUCUGACUUCUGGUACGUGUACAAUCCCACUGAAAUUGUGGUUCCUUGGGUGUUCCUAUUUACUUCAGUGGAGCUACUUUGAGGAAUAAAUAUUUGUAGGGCUAGAUCUUGGGUUUAUGCAGUGCAGUAUGUAUACAUUUUACACUGUUGUCAUUUUACAAGAGAACUGUCUCAUUCUGGAAAUGGGGAGAGUGGAAGGGAGAGAACCUUUGUAAACCACAAGUUUCUGGCCAAAAUACAGUGUACUCUGUAGAGUGUGCAUAUAUAUACAUACAUUUCUAUAUAUAUGCACGUGUGCGCGCGCGCGCACACACACACACACUCGAAUUUCAACUUUUGUUCUCUUUUUUGGAAGCUAAAGAUAUGGAUCACAGCUGACAUGACAGUUGUGUUACACCUAAUACUUGUAGCGUGCAACACUUAGUAACAAUAACUAUCGAUUCCCAAUACAUUUCUCAAUACAAAUUAAAGGGAAAUAUGAAUUGUUACAGUUUAAAUUAAAAUUACCCACUUAUUCCUAACAAUUUCCAUAUCUGGCCUGAGGUGGCAAGAAGAAAUUUUGCUUCUUGGCUUUCCUGGCCAACUUUGGUCCCAAUCUUACAAGGUGUUGAAUGCAUUCUGAAUAGAGCUGUAUCCUUUGUACCCUGGUCUAGAUAAGAGCUAGCUUUGUUGUUAAAUAGGAUGGAUUCAUUUUAUAUGCAACGUACCAGCAUAUUACAUUUCUAUAGGAGGAGAUUAGUUACUUAAAUAAUCUUUUUUGUCUUCUAUGCAAAGGUACCCAACAGUUUAAACAUGCUUUUGGAUUUAGGAGAAGCAGUAAAAAUAUCUACAAUAUACUUGUUAAGAAAUUAUGAAAAAAGCAAACUGUAAACAGAUGUGAGGCUAGGAUUAUUUAUUGUUAAAUCAUAGCUAAAUAUUAGGCACCAUGCUCAUUGUGGCUGUUCACAUAUAUUGCUCCUUGAAGUGACUAGUAUGUUGGGAUGACAAAGAAAGGCAUAGCCAAAGCAUUGGGCAAAAGUUUACCGUUUGAUUUUGUCAUUCCAUAUGACUUCAUUAACAUGGCAAAACACUUCACAGUCCUUUUUUUUAGCUUAGCUAUUUAGUGCUAUGUCCAAUUUUUGCUUUGAUCAGUGGGAGUCUUUCUAUUGAGUUCAAUGGAAAUUAGUUCAGUGGCAAUCUAACUUUGCCAAGACCAAUCCUGGCCUAAGUUUUAGUUUGGCAAGGCAUACAUAUGUAUCUUUGAAAAUAAAUACCCUUCUGAGGGCAGUGUACUUACCAGUUCCAUGUACACAUGAGCAAGAAUUUUUAUUUUUAAUAUGGUCUAUUUUGGGCCAAAGUAGUCUCUUUUACUGCAGAUGGAUCUGGAGUAACUUGGUAAAUCACCAAGAGGAGAAUCAGGUCCAAUGCCAAUGUUGCCAACUCUCAUAAUUUUAUCACAGGUCUCAUGAUAAUUGCUGCUCCUAAGUGAGAGGUAAGUGAGUAUGUGAAGAUUUCAGUUUUCAUUUAAAAAAAAAGGUAGAUUUCUAGCCUUCACGGGCACGAAGAAAAACUAACUAUGGAAUAUUAAUGGCACAAACUAAAAAGCAAACUGAAGGACUCUUAAUAUGUAAUAGAAAAAUUGUGAUUUUUUUUUUUUUUUUUUUUAGGCCAGUAUAAUUAAUUUUGCAGGUCUGUCUUUUGAUCUUUUAAAAAUUUAGUGUUGGUGAUACUGCAUCAGGCUGCCACGAGCUGAGAGCAGAAUCUGGCCAAUUGAUCUCAUUUUGGAAGCUUUUCAAUUUUGUACGGCUCCUGAUUAAGCAUGCUAUAGAAAUGAAACGUAACAAUUUGCUAAGCCUUUUCUUGACAUUUGGUUUUUGAAAAUACAGAUAUGGUGCCUACACUAAUGCAGGAUGGUCUGUUGUUUGCAUAUAUUUGCUCGCUGAUGACAGCUUAAUAAGCUGCUUUAUUUUGUGUUUUUAUUCAAUAAGCUUGUCAGCUUUUGUAUGUCGUCUGACCUCUGCUUCCCCCCUCCUUCCCCACCUUGUCUGAAGAGGGCAACCCUGUCACUAUAAUUUGUAGCAAAAAUGAAUUCUACAGGGACACAAACUGGCUGGUUAUACAGACCUGAAAUUUUACAAAAGAAUAUAAUUUAUGCAACAAAAAUAAUUGAAGUGGAAGCAGGAGUUUUGGUGCAUAAAGAGUAGAGGACUAGGUUUAUGAGUAAGACAAAUUUAAAAAGCUAGUGAAGAAUUCAGUGAACAGGGAUGUUUUAAAUUUGUGAACAGCUAAUCUUUUCAUAUCUCACUGGAAAUGCUUUUUCUGUUAAGAAAAAUUUAAGUUAGCAACUGUUUGCUAUUAGAUUCUAUGCAAAGAUACAUAUUUGUACUAUUUAAAAGUAAUAGUUUGACAUAUCAAAAAUAUGUUCAUUCAACUUUGUUUCUUUUCCAUAUACAUAAUUGGAACCAUGUUGAAUCGGGGGAUGAAAAACAAUGUUUCUAAUUAUGUCUAAAAUGUAAUUAUGUGAUAGAGCAAAACUACACCCUUACAAACAGCAGUUUAGAUGCUGAAGUUAAUGUGUGUUAUUUUUUGAUUGCACUUUUAUUUAGUCUCUCUGUGUUGUUGUUUUUUGUAUUAUUGCCUUUGGUUGAUCCAAAUAUGUACAGUAUAAAAUAUUAUUUACUUCAUUACAUGCAGAUGCAAACCACACUGUUCCAUUUAGGACUUUAAAAAAUUGAUUAGAUAAAAACCAAGGAAUUUGGGUAACAGCUCUGAAGUGGCAGAUAGACAAACUAGAUGAUCUCAUGAGGCACUUAAAAAAAAAAGAAAAGGCGUUGGAAAUGUUGCUUAAUAAUGCAUGUGCAGUUGCGAGUCAAUAUUUCAUGUUGUUGUCCAGAAAUACGGGAUGGAUGUGCAAACAAAUGGCCAUUUUAGCUUCCCAUCUUAAUUGGCCAUUUUAGAUUACUGUCUUUUUGCCUCAAAACAUAGCCAUUUUAUAUGUGAGGUCACCGUAAUUGUACAUACAAAUAUGUCCACAUAGUUGCAUAUGUAUUUUUGCUUUGGGCCUCUGGCUGCUAUUUACAAUAAAUAUAAAUGUAGUCCCCAAACCCCUCCAUAUCCCAGUCUUUCUUGCUACUAAGAACUUAUAUUACCAAAUAAUAAUGCCACAGCUAGAAUUAUUUUACAUAAGUAAAAGUAUUAAAGAAGGGCUUUAGCCAGAUAGUAUAUUUCCUUGGUUAGAAUUACUUUAUAUAUUUCUGCAGUAGUCCUAUUUAAAAAAAAAAUUAACAUAUGAACUUCAUUAAAUUCAGCACUCGUAUAAGAACAUUUAUUCUCUGAGAGGGAAGAGAGAUUUUCCUGUGGAAGGAAAACUGCAUUGGGUCCUUCAAACCUCCACAGUGACCAAAGCAAUUAACUUGGCUCCAGAGCAGUGAAGUGUGCACUAAGUACAUAGAGGAUCAGUCAGCAGGGCUUUUUGCAGUGGCGGAACUGGCUUCUAAAAUGAGAUAAUAGAAAGCAACAGCACCCACCUUCCAAGACCAAAUUUAUCACAUUAUUAAGUCCCGAGGAAUCCAUACAUUGAAGUUUAACUCAUACAAGUGUAUUCUGAAUGUAUUCUUGUUUGAAUAAUUUAAAUAGUCAUAACAUUUUCAUGCAAUGAUGAAAGUCAUUGUUAUGACUAUCUAAAGAUAAUAUGUAUUAUUAAAUAAUUCUUUCAUUUUCUAGUCUUAAAGAGGGCUUGAAGGGCCAACAAAGAAUUAAAACCUUUUCAUAUUCAUUAUUGCUGUGAAAUGAAAUUGAUUAUGAAAUUGAUAUUUGGAAUUAAAUUUGUCUUCUUAAUAUCACACCUAUUUAAUGCAGAUUUUUUUCAACAGAUAAUUUUAUACUAUUAUUUGAAAAACUUGACUGUUAGGAUAAUUUCGCUUCUCUUGCUAGGCUCUGCUUCACAAAAUUUAAGAUUAUAAAAAUACAGGGCCCAAUCCCUGCUCUUAGUCUAAAUCCAUGAGAAAGUUAAAUUCUGACUGGUAAGGGCUGCUGGAUCAGGCCUGUUGUAUAUUCUUCUUAGCAAAACAACUAUGCUAUAAAAUAUUUUAUUUAUCUUUUGAAUUAUAUUUUUCCUAAUGUGUAAUGAUUUUGUAGUAACAGUUGGUCUGAUGUGUUCUAAGAUAGCUUGAGUCCUGCUAAGUUUUUACUUUUGUGCCAGUAUCAGAAACGAGUGCAUAUACAUUGUCACAGACAUUAACAGACUGAGUAAUUCUAGGUUGAUGUGAUAUUAUCAUUGUAAUAAAUAAAGCAGCCCUAUUUCCUUAGUUCAGCCCUACACAUCUCGAGUGCAGCAGUACCUAACACAAGUACGUGUGUGAUGCCAAAACCUCUACUGUAUGUUUUAAAAUAAACUCUGCUAGCUUCUGUGUGUUUUGUUUAAUGUGCAUGUUUUACCAGUUGUUUUGAAAUACUAUGCCACUGCACCACGUAAAAAAAAUGGCUUACUUCACUUACAUUUUUGUAAUGCUUUCUGUCUUUGAAAAUAAAUGAUGACAGAGCUAAGGAAAUGAUUGGUAACAAUAAUAUACAAUAUUUACUGAAUUUGCCUCCUUUUUCUGUUUAUCAGUGAACAGACACAAUAAACACAUCAGUGACCAGAUCACAAUACACAAAUUCUCUUCCUAUUUAAACGUAUUCAGUAAAUUUGUUGCAAUGCCCUCCCUCAUUCUGGAUCAUCAGUUGAUUGAGUUACUUGUGCUGGAGUUUGGGUGGUGUUGUUUUUGACUCCGUGCUGAAUGAGCCUAACUAUUAUAGGACACAAUCCAAAUCAUGUGAAGUCUACAUGAACGUUCUAAUUGACUUUCCUGAUUUUUGGAUCCAGUCUGUGAUCAGAAGGUGGGCUUGAAGAAGCCUGAGACUUGUUCUCUCUUAGGGUAGGAGAGCUGAUAAGUCAGAUAAGGUGUUUUUUUUGAAGAUGUCUAAGCUUUUGUAUCAUGCAGGUCCUUUUACUACAGGGCUUAUUUGGCUGGGUGCAGAGUUAAAUUUUAUUUAAUGAACAUGUUGCCCCAACUACGGUAUUUAGAAUCAGAUCCUUAUCAGGCUCACUUAACUUCUGUUGUGUCAGGACUUUGCAAGGAAUUUCUAAGAGCCUAUCCCUCCAUUGCCAAGUUAUGCCCUAUUUCAUAUAAAAUAAUUCACUUCAAGCACAGGGGCAACAUGUUCUUGCUGUGUAAAUACAACUCGAUAACACAAAUGUUCUUGGAAAACAAACACAAAAGAGACUGGAGCAAGGCUGUAAUGCCUUCAUUUUUAAAUUCAAGAAAUGCCUUACAAAAUAUUUUUGCAGCAUUCUCUCCUCUCUGUCAGUAUCGUGCCAUUAAGUACAGCAAGUGCAAUUAGAAAUGAUCUUUGCUUUAAAAAAGAUAUAUCUUGACAGUUGCAACUUCUUUUUAAAGUUUAUUAAUAAGAUACAGGUCAGCUUGCUUUCUUGCUUAAACACUCAGUGCACCAGUGAUAGUCCUGUAGAAAACACCAUUUUAAGAGCAACUUUUUAAAACAGACAGUAAUUAUGAUUCUGCUAGAUAACAUAUGUGCUGUGUAGUGAUUUCCUUCUGACAAAGUUCCAUGUCUGGGCAUAUACAUACUUUUAGAUAUACAUUUCUGAACAAGACUUUUGAUUAUAAAAGCUUGCACAGAAAAAUAUGCAGAUGUAACAUAGUAGCUAUGUACUUACCUAUUGCCCGUAGACAUUGUGCUAGGCAAUUUGAGACUUUUGCUGAUGGGCUUCAAGUGAGCUCAGCUCGAGUGAGAGGAUACAAGGCUGCUACCCUGGGCUUUAAGGGCAAGUUGCAAAAUAUACAGGAUGAAAGGGAGCAAGAUGAAUGCGGGAGACUGAUGCUGUACUUUUCACACCUACUGAAAAAAGAAAACUAAAGCAUCCCAAGGUGUGUUGUAUUGAUACCUUUUUCUUGUAUGUAUUUUUAUUCCAGCUCUAUGGUUAUUGUUAUCAGGACAGUAAUGACAUCCCAGAUACCCUGACCACCAUCACUGAACUUGGCUCCCCACUAGAGAUGAUUCAGCUUUUACAGACUUCUUGGGAGGACAGAUUUCGAAUAUGUCUCAGCUUGGUUCGUCUUUUGCAUUAUUUGGCUCACUCGCCUCUUGGCUCUGUGACGUUGUUGGAUUUUCGACCUCGACAGUUUGUGAUUGUAGAUGGAGAGCUUAAAGUGACAGAUCUGGAUGAUGCUAGCAUUGAAGAAAGCUCUUGUACCAGUAACAAUGACUGUUUCAUGGAGUUCCCAGCAAGAAAUUUCACUCUUCCCUGUUCUGUUGAGGCCCGAUGUCAAAAUAUGAAUGAAAAGAGGAAUCUUUACAAUGCAUACAGGUUUUUUUUUACGUAUCUUCUGCCGCACAGUGCUCCAUCUUCAUUGAGACCAUUAUUGGAUGUGAUAGUCAAUGCUACAGGAGAACUUCAUUGGGGAAUAGAUGAAACACUUGCUCAGCUAGAAAGAGUUUUAUAUUUAUACAAGAGCGGCAAGUAUCUACAGAAUGCUACACGGACACCGAAAGCUGAGUACAAACGGGUGCCUGAUGCUACUAUUCCUGAUGAGAACUACAGGUGCUGGCCAUCUUACCAUCACAAGGGCUGCCUCCUCUCUGUGUUUGACAUCACUGAAGCCAUUGAGAUCUGCGAGAGUUACUCCCAGUGCAGAGCUUUCGUCUUGACUAAUCAGACAACGUGGACAGGUCGGCAGCUUGUCUUCUUCAAGAAGGACUCAAAUCAUAUCAUGCCUGAUCCUGACAAGAUAACAUAUGUGAAAGUGACAGGCUGACAGCUAAAGUGGUUCAGUCUAACUAGUAAAUGACAGGAGCUGUUUGUGUAUAAAUAUAGACAGCUGUUAUGUACAAGAUGUCUGAGGACAGCGAGAUAAUUGCACUAUUACUCAUUCUAAUCUAUAGAGUGCUAAACAAAACUUUGAAGAGAUGACCUGCAUGACCAGGAUGAAUGUGCAAUAGAACAACAUUUUGAAAAUGUGAUUUUUUUUAUUUCAAAUGAAGCAAAAUACAAAAUGUAUUACACUGUCAGGAUACGAUGUUCAGUUGGCAGCUCUAGCUUUUAAUUCAGGUUAACUGUGUGUGCAUGUUUGCACAGGGUGGGAAUUUCAAAAUUUUUAUGAGAAAUCUGGAUCCACUGCCAAAAUAUUUAUUUGGGCAAGUACAAUCACUUUUUAUCACAAGCUUAUCAGUUUGAAAGCUAAAUAUCAAAUGUUAUAAGAGACAAUCACCAUUUGUGUUUAAUGUUAUCAAACAUGCAAGACCAAAAAUAUUUGUAGGAAUGCUAGGCUCCUUCAUCAAUUAAUCUUAUUGAUAUUUAUAGUUGCAAAGAUGUGGCAAACUUUCAUUUUGUUUUAAAUGUUUCAUAAACUUUCAUCUUAAGAAAGCCAUACUUAGUUGCCUAAGCCUUGAUCCAGAAAAAACAUUUAAAAAAGGCUUAACUUUAAACACACAAGUAGUCCCAUCAAAAUCUUGUAGGGUUUUACACAGAUGCUUAAAAGUGCUUUGGUGAAUAGGGAUAGGCUUAAGCAUGUGUUUAAAAUUAAACAUAAGCUUAAGUGGUUUGCUGAAUCAAGGCCUUAUUUACUGUCCUAAGUAUUUUUUAAGAUGUAUCACUAACAGAUCAGCUAAGCAGUCCAUCUGUUUGAACAAUACCAUUUUUUAAAUUAAUAGCUUGCUACAGAAGGCCAUUCAUUGUUUUAAUCAUCAAAUUAUUUGUCAUCUAAGGUGCUGCUUGCUAAUUCUUAGAACAAAUUAAAUAAAUGCCCUUAAUAAUUGCAAAUGAACACCAGCCUUAACUCUAUAUAAAUAAAUGCAUUUUGUAGGCAUAGUGUGUCUAAAGAAUUUGCUUUCAGUGAAAGCAAUAAACUAAAUGCUAAAAGUGACCGAUGUCAUACUGUUUUGUAGAUUGUACAUUAAGAACAUUUUGUACUUUUUGUUCCUUGAAUUGUUUAUUUUUGUAAAAAAAUAAAUAAAAUGCCUGUUUUUUUCAUA